ACUCACAGCUUCUCUCUCUCUCUUUCUCUCUCUUCCCCCACACUGAAACCCAAACCCUAACCGUAGAGCUCGACAAAACCCUAGCUCGCUCGCUCUCUCUCUCUCUCUCUCUCUCUCUCUCUCUCAUGCCUCCCCUUUCCUCCUCCUUCACCCUCCUCCGCCUCCGCCCGGCGCCGGCGCCGCCGACGAUUGCUGCGGCGGCGCUCCUCCUCCGCCGCCGCUCCUCCUCCUCCUCCUCCUCCUUCUCCGCCGCCGCCGCCGCCUCCGCCUCUCCCAGGGAGGGCGCCGCCGCGGCCCCGCGGAAGCCGCCCCCCGAUAAGAACCUCCUCAAGGCAAAGGACGCCAUUAAGGAGCACCACCACCACCUCCACCACCACCCCUCGACCUCCCCCUCCCUCGACGCCGACGAUCGCCGCCGCGGCCUCCUCCCCAACCAGGCCAUAGGCCUCGUCGCCGCCGCCCAGGCCAACUUCAUGCGCGUCAUCGUCGAAUCCGCCGGGGGCCACCCCGAAAGCCCUAGCUUGUUCGGCGGCGACCCCAGGGUCGGCACCGACCUCUUGUGCGUCGUUAGGGCUCUUUUGAAGAAGAUCAAGAGGAGGGUUUUGGUUGGGGAUAAGGUGAUCGUGGGUUCGAUCGAUUGGGCGGAUCGGAGGGGGAUGAUCGAGGACGUGUUCGAGAGGACCUCGGAGGUCAUCGACCCUCCUCUCGCCAAUGUGGACCAUCUCGUGGUGCUGUUCUCGAUGGAUCAGCCCCGGCCGGAGCCGUUCAUGCUCACGCGGUUCUUGGUCGAGGCCGAAUCGACCGGGAUUCCGUUCACGCUGGCGCUCAACAAGGUUGAACUCGUCGGCAAAGAGACACUGACUGCUUGGGAUGAGAGGCUUCAUAACUGGGGCUACAACCCAUUAUUUUGCAGUGUCGAUAAAAAAUCCGGAUUAGCUGCUCUGGAAGACAUCUUGAAAGGACAAACUACUGUUAUUGUUGGUCCAAGCGGGGUCGGAAAGUCGAGCCUUAUCAAUUCUCUGAGAGGAACGCAAAGCAUCUCCACAGAAGAUGAAAUAAAUAAACUGCUUGAGCUAAAUAGUAAGUGGUUUGGAGAACAACGGGUAGGCGAUGUUUCUAAAAGAAGCGGCAGAGGAAAACACACAACUCGGCACGUUUCCUUACUCCCGCUGUCUGGCGGAGGUUUUCUUGCCGAUACUCCCGGAUUCAACCAGCCUAGUUUGAUGAAAGUCACAAAGAGAACUCUUGCAGAAACUUUUCCAGAGAUCAGGCGGAUGCUCAAAGUUAGCGAGCCGUUGAAAUGCUCGUUCAACGACUGCCUACACCUUGGCGAGCCCGGGUGUGUCGUGAAGGCGGAUUGGGAAAGGUAUCCGUACUAUCUGCAGCUGCUUGAUGAGAUCAAAAUUAGAGAGGAGUUCCAGCUGCGGACGGUAGGAACAAAGAGAGAAGGUGAUGUGAGGUACAAGAUGGGCGGCAUGGGAGUGAAACAAGCGGAACCACGGCUCGAGCCGAAGAAGCAUAGAAGGGUAUCGCGGAAGAGGCUCAACCAAUCCAUACUCAACGACCUCGACGAGCUCGACGGCCUCGACGACCUCGACGACCUCGACUACUGGUCAGACGUCGAAGAGCUCACGAGGUGAGAGGCAGAGACCUGCCAGCCUUAUUGGACAGUGAUCUAACUAAGAGCCCAGAUUUUAGGGUUACCGAAGGAGGAUGAUGUUAUCCGAGCACUGUAAGUAGUAGUUUGCCCUGAAUCCGCGCGGUAUUGUAAAUUCAUCAUCGGCGGAUGCUGAAUAGUGAAGAAAGAUUUGGUGUAGGAAAAGGGAAAUUGCUGCUGCUGCUCUUAUGGCCUUUUCCCUAUCAUGUAUAUAACAAAAACAGAUAAUAAUGAGAGCAAUUCCCUUCAGAAAUUUCUUCACAGGAUUUAAAUUCUUUUGCAGAAACUAUUUCCGCGGAAUGGAAUUUUAUAACUGUUGGGACA